GAGUUUUGUAAGUCGAUUGGAUAUCAAGUGAGCUGUUCUCUUCUCCCUUAAAUCUGGAAAUCUGAAAAAGUUGAAAAAAGAAGACUUAAAAAUAUUUACAUAAAAAAAUUCUUAAGAAAUUUUUCAAAAUCAGAAAAAAAUUUUAUUAUAAAAAUUAAAAGAAAUUACAAAAAAGGAUAUUUUUGUUAACAAAAAAAAGAACACCUACACAUUUUCUUUAAAAAAAAGUUAUAACUAAAAGUGCUUUAAAGCUUUGCUUACAUAAAAGUUUAAUUUUUUAACGCUCCAAGUUUAAUUCGAAAAAAAAUCUCAAUAUGAGGGAAAUUGUUCAUUUACAAGCCGGUCAAUGUGGCAACCAAAUUGGUGCUAAGUUUUGGGAAAUUAUCUCCGAAGAACAUGGUAUUGACUGUAAUGGCAUUUACAAUGGCGAAAGCGAUUUGCAAUUAGAACGUGUCAGUGUAUAUUAUAAUGAAGCUUCAGCGGUUACCCGUUCCUCUGGUGGCAAAUAUGUACCACGUGCCAUUUUAUUGGAUUUGGAACCCGGUACCAUGGAAGCAGUGCGUUCUGGACCAUAUGGCCAACUCUUCCGUCCCGAUAACUUUGUUUUUGGUCAAUCAGGCGCUGGCAAUAACUGGGCCAAGGGUCAUUACACCGAAGGUGCUGAGUUAGUGGACAAUGUUUUGGAUGUUGUACGCAAGGAGUGUGAAAAUUGUGAUUGUUUACAAGGUUUCCAAUUGACUCAUUCUUUGGGUGGUGGUACCGGCUCUGGUAUGGGUACCUUAUUGAUAUCCAAAAUACGUGAAGAAUAUCCCGAUCGCAUAAUGAACACCUAUUCAGUGGUACCUUCACCCAAGGUUUCGGAUACUGUGGUCGAGCCCUACAACGCCACCUUGUCCAUACAUCAGUUGGUGGAGAAUACCGAUGAAACGUAUUGUAUUGAUAAUGAAGCCUUAUAUGACAUUUGUUUCCGCACCUUAAAGGUUUCAAAUCCCAGUUAUGGGGAUUUGAAUCAUUUGGUCUCCUUGACAAUGUCUGGAGUUACCACUUGCUUGCGUUUCCCGGGCCAGUUGAAUGCCGAUUUGCGUAAAUUAGCUGUUAAUAUGGUGCCUUUUCCACGUUUACAUUUCUUUAUGCCUGGUUUUGCUCCUCUCACUUCACGUGGCUCUCAGCAGUAUAGAGCUUUAACAGUACCCGAAUUGACUCAACAGAUGUUUGAUGCCAAAAAUAUGAUGGCUGCCUGUGAUCCACGUCAUGGUCGUUAUUUGACCGUUGCCGCCGUAUUCCGUGGACGCAUGUCCAUGAAAGAAGUCGAUGAACAAAUGUUGGCGGUACAAAACAAGAACAGUUCUUACUUUGUAGAAUGGAUUCCCAAUAAUGUCAAGACUGCUGUUUGUGACAUACCACCCAAGGGCUUGAAAAUGUCCUCCACCUUUAUAGGUAACACCACCGCCAUUCAAGAACUAUUCAAACGUAUCUCCGAACAAUUCUCCGCUAUGUUCAGACGCAAAGCUUUCUUGCAUUGGUACACUGGUGAGGGUAUGGAUGAAAUGGAAUUCACUGAGGCCGAAAGUAACAUGAACGAUUUGGUUUCGGAAUAUCAACAAUAUCAAGAAGCGACUGCUGAUGAUGAAUUUGAUCCUGAGGUGCAUCAAGAAGAGGUUGAGGGUGAUUGCAUUUAAUCGAAAAGUCAGAGAAAUGUCGAGGAGUGUGCUUUGGAGAUACGUUUGCAAAGAGAACGUCAGGUGGCAGUUGAGACAACUGUGUGCUAUGAACAGGAAAUACGUUCAUUGUUAAAUACUCUCAAGUGUUUUCUUUGAAAUUCUCUUUGCUUAAGCGUUUGUUUUUCAUACGAUCACACUACAAAAUUAUAAGUUAAUAUAUACCCCAACACACACACACUCUCUCUCCCUCUUUGUCUUUUUGUCUCGUUUUGCCGAAAAAUAAUAACCGAAACUCACGACAACACUCACGUUUAAAACGAUAACUUAGUUGUACUCAAUUAAUUUAAAA